UUUGAUAUCUGUCCAUUUGAGUAACAAUUUGUCAUGCAUUUGAGCCUUGAGGCAUUUUAAGAAUUUAAAAUAAUUCUAAAUUUAGCAUAAUUUGAAUUAAUAUUUAUUAUUUAGUAACAUUUGAAUACUGAGUGGUGAGUACAACAGUGCAUGAAAAUUGACAAAUUAAUUAAUUAAAUAAGUUUUAACUACUUUAAACAAUUAAAAGUUAUUGAAUACCUUUGAAAACAUUAUUGUGGUUCUAUUAGUUAUAUAUAUUUACCCAUAUUGGUCAUUAUUAAAAAAGAAUGAAAACAAUUUUGUGUUCAAGAGACAAAGUGAAUUUAAAAUGUGUUUUACUUGGUGGACAAAGUUUCAGGUGGAAAGAAACCAAUCCAGAUGAAUACUCGGGAGUAUUUGCUAAUGGUUUUUGGGUAUUAAAACAAAAUGAUGAUCACAUUGCUUAUAAACGAGUUCCCGCUACAAACUUGGAUGAAAAAAUGUUGAGUAAUUAUCUAAGACUGGAUGAACCUUUAGAAACAUACUAUAAAGAAUGGAGUUUAUGUGAUCCAAUUUUUAAAAAAUCAGCAGAACGGUUUAAAGGAAUUAGAAUGUUAAAACAAGAACCAGUUGAAAACAUAUUAUCAUUUAUCUGUUCAUCAAAUAAUAAUAUAACAAGGAUUUCAUCUAUGGUUGAAAAAAUGUGUACUUUAUAUGGUAAAAAAAUUGAUGGAACAACUUAUUAUGCUUUUCCUAAUAUUGAUCAAUUAAUUGGCCCACAAGUUGAAGAAGAUUUGAAGGUUGCUAAAUUUGGGUACAGAGCAAAAUUCAUACGACAAACUGCUGAAAAAAUGUUUGAAUUAGGUAGUAAUACAUGGAUUGAUAAGCUAAGAAAUAUGAAUUAUGAUAGUGCUAAAAAAGAAUUGAUGCUAUUGCCUGGAGUUGGUCCAAAGGUAGCAGACUGUAUUUGUUUAAUGUCACUUGAUCACUUAGAAGCUGUUCCAGUAGAUACACAUGUGUUCCAAAUUGCUUGUGAAAAUUAUUUACCUCAUUUGAAAAAAUACAAAACAGUUACUCAGCUAGUUUAUAAUGAAAUAGGAGAUUGUUUUAGGAAGUUAUUUAAAAAGAAUGCUGGUUGGGCACAUACAGUAUUAUUCUUGGACGAUUUGAAAAAUUUUAAAAAAGUUGAAAAACAUAAUGAUAAAUCUGAUGGUAAACCUAUUGCAAAGAAGAGAAAAAGUUGUUAAUUUAUUGUCUAUACUACUGUAAUUAUGUUUGUGGUACACAACCUAACCUAACCUUUAUUAUUCAUACUCUGUUGAAAUAUAUAUAUAUUUAAAUUUA